CUGCUAGAUCCUCUCCCAUCCAGAACACACAGAUGCUCUGUUGUUGAGUAUCUCAUGAGGGCCCUUCUUCAACUGCAGGUGAGAGCGUGACUUACUGUAAGCCAUGACGGUGAUGGCUGUGCAGAUGGGGGGCCUGGCCCUGUCGGUGCUGGGCUGGCUGGGCACCAUCCUGACCUGUGCGCUGCCCAUGUGGAAGGUGACGGCAUUCAUUGGCUCCAACAUCAUCGUGGCCCAGGUGUUCUGGGAGGGGCUGUGGAUGAACUGUGUGUACGAGAGCACAGGCCAAAUGCAGUGCAAGGUCUACGACUCGCUGCUGGACCUCUCCUCAGACCUCCAGGCAGCCCGAGCCCUCGUUGUGGUCUCCAUUGUGGUGUCCUUCCUUGCCCUCCUUAUUGCCAUCUUUGGGGCCGAGUGCACCAGGUGCGUCGAUGACAAGGGAGCCAAGGCCAAGAUCUCCAUCACCGCUGGGGCUGUCUUCAUUCUGGCCGGGAUUGGGCUGCUCAUCCCUGUUUCCUGGUCAGCCAACACCAUCAUCAGCAACUUCUAUAACCCCAUGGUUCCAGAGGCUUUAAAGAGGGAGCUGGGGGCUUCCCUCUAUGUGGGCUGGGCCUCAAGUGCCCUCUUGGUGUUUGGGGGGGCCACCCUGUGCUGCUCCUGCCCCCCCAGCCAAGAUGCGCCGUACCCCAUGAAGUACAAAGCGGUGAAACACUCCAGCCUGGGGAGCUAUGCCCUUAAGAACUAUGUGUGAGGAGCCCUGCCUUGCCCUCCCUGGAGACCCCCCUCUCACCCCAUCCCAUCCCACUUGCUUGCAGGGGCCCCUUCACAGCCAUCCAAACAG